CUCACAUGCCGUGGGUGUAUUAGCAGUGAAAGGCUCGUAGCAGCUUCGCUGUGAAACCGGAGAGACGCUAAUUGAGAUCUCUAAAAGCUACUGGCCAGCACAUUGGAGAACAGAACUGGACAGAGUGAAGUGCCGCAAGAACCAAACAUCUGUUGCAUUGCUGCUGGACGCCGGACAACUUAAUAGCGCUUAAUCGCGGGUGAAUGUCACAAGAACUCAGGGCCUUGUGGUUGGAGAUUUAUUUUGAAAUUGCACUCUGAAAGCGGAACAUAUCCAAGUCUGUUCCCGGACUGGAAUUUAAAUCGCUAUCAAACAUGGGGCGGCGUUUCUCCUCGAAUGCACUUUUUCCGGAAUGAACUGAAGCAGUGAAGACCGGACACUUUCAUGACAGUCCACGGUCGCAGUGGGUCGUGACUUUCAUUUCGUGGAGAGAGUGGAGACAGCGACGGCUGUCAUUCUUGAGUUGGACUUUUCAGUAAGGAGAGAGUAGCCUAAAGAUCAGUCCGUCUUCGGUGGGCAGCUGCUGUUGUUUUGGUUUGGACUGAUUUAGAAUUGACCCCCCCGAGCUUUUUUUUUUAUCCUUCAGGCACCAGACCCUUUUUGGGAAAUAAGCAUACGGUACUAUGUCAAUGGGGACUCAAGCGUUCAUUUCUCCUGGACGGAACUAAGGACUCCCGGUGAACCACCUAGGAUUCACUGUUUACAAGAAGACAAAGUAGCGUACUGAACGGGCUUCAUGUUGCCUGGCCAUAUGGUGAGCUAGCUGCUAGCAUAUAGCAGGAGACAGAGUCGGAGGCCACCUGUAGGGUGUGGGGUCCCCUGUACCCCUCAUUCUCAUCCACGACAAGACAAGACAACACCCCCGAAUCCCCGUCCGACACACAAAAUGACCUCUUCCCUCUGGCUGGGUAUCUUUCUCCUCAUGCUCUCUGAUGGAACUGUGGCAAGACCUGGUCCUGCUGUGGAUGGCAAAAUGCCAGAGCUCUUGCCUGAAGCUCCCAGGCUGGCAGACCAGGUCUACAGCGUGUUCCCUCCGGAAGGCCUCGAGGACAAUUCAGAGGAGUCCGUGGAGCACCUGCUCCUGCUACCUGGGGACGUCCUGACGCUGACCUGCGACGGGAACCUCACUGAGCCCAUCCGCUGGUACCGAGGGGGCGCGUGGCUCCGGCACGGCGGGCGUGUCCGCGUCCACUCCACGGCGCUGGAGAUUUCCGACUUGUCGUAUGAGGACUCGGGCGUGUAUAGCUGUGCACCGCGUGGCACCAGAGACCCCCUGCGAUCCUUCAUCAUCACCGUCGUUGACUCAUUUAGUUCAGGUGACGAUGAAGACGAUGAUGAUGAAGGAGAUGAUGAUGACGAUGUUGGGGACGAUUCGGUAACACAAAUGGAGGAAGAGCAGGUCAAUUUCAGCAGAGGGCCGUACUGGACGCACUCUCAGCGCAUGGAGAAGAAGCUGUACGCGGUUCCCGCCGGCAACACGGUGAAGUUCCGCUGCCCGGCCGCGGGCAGUCCCCCGCCCGCCAUACGCUGGCUGAGGAACGGGAGAGACUUCCGCGGGGAGCACCGUAUCGGCGGUAUCAAGCUGCGGCAGCAGCACUGGAGUCUGGUGAUGGAGAGCGUGGUGCCGUCGGAUCGGGGGAACUACACCUGCGUCGUGGAGAACAGGCACGGGAUGCUCACGCACAGCUAUGUCCUGGAUGUGCUGGAGCGGUCCCCGCACCGGCCUAUCCUACAGGCAGGGCUGCCGGCCAACACCACCGUGGUGGUGGGGACUGACGUGCGGCUGUGCUGCAAGGUGUACAGCGACGCCCAGCCACACAUCCAGUGGCUCAAACACAUCGAGAGGAACGGGAGCUUCUAUGGGCCCGAUGGCGUCCCCUACGUUCAGAUCCUAAAGUCGGGCAGUCUGAACAUGUCAGAUCUGGAGGUUCUCUACCUGCCCAACGUCAGCAUGGAGGAUUCUGGGGAGUACACCUGCCUGGCUGGAAACUCCAUCGGGUUCUCCCACCAAUCUGCCUGGCUCACCGUGCUGCCAGAGGAGCUGUUAUUGGGCCCCAUGGGUGUCACGGAGACCAAGUACACCGACAUCGUUAUCUACACCUGCGGCGCCCUGGCUCUGGUGAUGGGCGUGGUCAUCGUGGUCCUCUGCCGCAUGCAGGCCACCGCCAGCAGAGAACCGUUUCCUGUCCCGCCCGUAAAGAAGCUUUCCAAGUUCCCCCUGAACAGACAGUACUCUGUGGAGUCGGAGUCCUCGGGGAAGUCAAACUCGUCUCUGGUGCGGGUGGCACGUCUCUCGUCUAGCUCCGCCCCUGCUCUGGCUGGAGUGCUGGAGAUGGAGCUGCCCUUUGACCCUGACUGGGAGUUCAACCGAGAGAGCCUGGUUUUGGGGAAGCGUCUUGGUGAAGGAUGUUUUGGUCAGGUGGUCAGGGCGGAGGCAUACGGCCUGAAUAAGGCCCGUCCGGAUGAAAUGACCACCGUGGCGGUGAAGAUGUUAAAGGAUGAUGCCUCGGAUAAAGACCUUGCUGAUCUGGUCUCGGAGAUGGAGCUGAUGAAGGUGAUGGACAAACACAAGAACAUCAUCAACCUUCUCGGUGUGUGCACGCAGAAUGGCCCGCUGUACGUGCUGGUGGAGUUUGCCUCCAAGGGCAGCCUGCGGGAAUACCUGCGGAUGCGGCGACCUCCAGGCAUGGACUACACCUUCGAUGGGACCAGGGUGCCCCCUGAACAGCUCACUUUCAAGGACCUGCUCUCCUGUGCCUACCAGGUGGCUCGAGGCAUGGAGUACCUGGCCUCUAAGAGGUGCAUCCACAGAGACUUGGCAGCAAGGAACGUCUUGGUGACCGAAGACAACGUGAUGAAGAUCGCUGACUUCGGCCUUGCUCGAGGGGUGCACCACAUCGACUACUACAAGAAAACCACCAAUGGCCGGCUGCCGGUGAAAUGGAUGGCACCAGAAGCCCUGUUUGACAGAGUGUACACGCAUCAGAGCGACGUGUGGUCUUUUGGAGUGCUGAUGUGGGAGAUUUUCACGCUUGGAGGGUCACCCUACCCUGGAAUCCCAGUGGAGGAGCUUUUUAAACUGCUGAAGGAGGGACAUCGUAUGGACAAACCUUCCAACUGUCCCCACGAACUCUACAUGAGGAUGAGGGAGUGCUGGCUGGCUGUUCCGACUCAGAGGCCCACCUUCAAGCAGCUGGUGGAGGAGCUGGACCGGAUGCUUCUGUCCGUGUCCGACGACUACCUUGACCUGGCCACGCCCUUUGAGCAGUACCUGCCCUCCUGUGAGGAAACCUCUGGAUCUUGCUCCUCCGACAACGACUCUGUCUUUAUUCACGAUGCUGCGGCCCCUAGCCCUGGCGUCCAAGCCACCCAUCAGACCCAGGACAGGAGCUGAACCUGAGGGGACCAAUCGGUUGAGCUCACUGCACAUGCCUCAUCUGGCCUAGUGCCGAACAACUGGAGACACCUGUGACUGGUAGAGGGCAGGACAUGGGCAGAUGGGAUUGGUGGAUGGGAGGGUGUGAACAAACAAGACUGGCAGGAGCCAGGGUGUUCUGACACGCCUCUAUAGACUUGUGAUAACUGUUCACCUGCCAAUAAAAUUGGUGAUUUGCAUUUGUCCUCCCAUCCAAAACAAAGACCUCAUUGUCACCCAACUUAGAACUCUGGGUUGUCAUGGGGACGGGUCAAGUACAGGAGAGCUGUCUGAUGUUCAAGUCCAUGUAAGCGAACGGAGAAUCGGAACUGGAACCGGAAGAUGGUGAUGAAAAGUGAGAAACUGAGAAAGUAUAUUUUGUUAUAUUAGCAUAAGGAGUUUACAUUGUAAAAUAGGAAAGGCUCUUAGGAUUUGGAAACCCGUGAAACGUCGGACAAGGCUGACAGAAAGUCUCUCCAAAUUUAAAUGUAGAUAUAUAGAUUCCUUUAUGAUCCAGUAUUUAAAAAUGGCCUUAAAUCUCAGGAUACUUGCUUUUAAAUUUUCUAUUGUGGCCUGUAUGUACCCUUAUUUCUGUGUAUAUGUUAAGUUAAAAUAUUUUUAUGUAUAUAUCACAAAUAAAAGUAAGACGCCUUACUUUUUAUAAGUAAUCUGAACUGGCACAAUAUGAAGGUACUGCAGCUAUUCCAGUUCUUUAGCUAUUAAUCGGCAUCCAUAACUCCCAAAUAUAUAAAUCAGAGAUUAUUUCCAGUAGCUGUUUAUACCUCUGCAGCCUUUAUCAGCUGAACUGAUUGAACAUUCAUUACACAACAACGAGUGAACGGUCAUUAUAGAAACUGAUCUCUGAUAUGAACUCAUCAGGAUUGCCAGUUGGACAGUAUCUGAAUCUGAGACCUUAUUGGCUGAAUUUUAAAGUCAAGGACAUACAGAGUCUAUGGAGCCAUAAUGGGACUGUCGGGACAGAUACUUUUGGCAUGUGCUAACUGUAUAAGGACAGAUUCUGUCAAGAAAUACAGACUAUGUGGCCAUGCAUCCUGUAGGGUAACAUAGUCAUUAUGGACAUAGGUUCUGUAGAGACAUGCAAUGUCUAUGUAAGCAUAAUGGAUAUAUAGGGACAUAUCUUAUGGGGACUGUGAAAUCGUACAGAAUCUAUGGGAAGUGAGCCUAUAAAGUCAAAGAAACUAUGAGGACAUACAGGGUGUGUAUUUGGUAAAUGGCAUGCAAAUACUGUUCUGCAAGCUCUACAAGAAUUGAGGAUAGUUUGAUACUUCCAGUUUUCUGCUGCCAGCCCAAAUGCAAAAAAUGUGUAGUUUCAUAAUUUUAGUGACAUAGUUCUGUACUUCCAACUGACAGACACGUGUUUUGGGGUUAUAGAGAAUUCAUAUGGAAAUAUCUAAUUUAUUUGACCUGUUUAUAUAAAAUAAAGUAUAAUUUAAAGUA